CCCGGCUGACCACGGCAUCAACGAAUGAUCACGUCGUCCAGCGUACGGAGCUAAACACACUUGCAGCUGUAUUGCAGUACCUACAGCACAGCUCACAAAGAAAGUACCGAGUUACCUCGUUGGAAUCUGGAGCGGCUUGUCGAGCCACUCGCAACCCCUACUGCGACACCCAGACGUGCCUAGCUCUCUCGGCGCCGGCGCCUGUCCACGAGUCGGAUCCACCCUCUGUCGUCUCUGACCAGGUUCAUCUUUGAUAGCCCCCCAAGCUCCGCCGGAAGCAGCCCACUCUGCCGCUCCCACGCCCCAACCUCUUCCAGAGUCGUCCUGCGCCAGCUACUCUUCAAGGCCCCAAAUCUCCACUCGCAAAAAUAUCCCAUCUCCCAGGCCCACGACGCUUCCUACUCUUCCUUGCUAGUAGCCGUUUGGCUUUGUUUCGGCCUCUCUCCCCGACAUCGUUGCUCCUUGCUCCUUGCUCCUUGCAACCUCUUGUCCACAAUCUCCAUCUCAUCGGUCGAUUGCCAGCGUCACUCCGCUUGACUUAUCACCCUAGUCGCAAGCGCAAGGGCCGUCUUCGAGAUCCAUCCAGUCCCAGCAACCAUAUCAAAUAAAACAGUCGUCUCCCCAAGCGCCCGCAACCAUGGCGACCUCCACGGACCAGUAUCGCCAAUACCCACCGCCGUCGAAUUAUCCGGCCCAGCAAUAUCAGCAGCAGCCCUAUCAGCAGCAGCAGCAGCAACAACAACAGCAGCAGCCGCACUAUCAAAACUCCCAGACCCUGCCCCAGUCUCAGUCCCAGACCCAGCCGCGCCGGACCUCACAGAACCCACCCGCCGAUCAUCGAACCUUCAGUUUUCAUUCUCAACGAUCGCAUAAGAGCUCUGGGAGCAAGGAUUUGCAGGAAACACACGCAGAGAAGGAAGCAAAACGUCUACACAGCAAAGCCGACCCCACCUUGGCUAUCAGCGAAGCAGAGCCAUCUGUUGUCGCCGCCAUGAUGACCGAGUCGACCUACGCGCCUCUGCGCUCAGUACAACACAAGGAUACAUUCGGAAACGCCAUCGCCGAUCCCGACAAGUCGAACCCUACUCGAAACAGAUGGGAACGCCCGCUGGACACAAUUCGAAGUUUCGAGGCCGCGAUUGACGGUGGUUACUCACGCAAGUCGCUCUAUCGAGCAGAGACAGACUCACAAACCAAUUUCAACCGACGCAACAGUUCCUUUACCAGCCCCAACCAAACUCGUUAUCCUCAUGACAGCUACUAUGGUCGACCUACGUCUAUGAGGCCCGAAAACUCACAUUACGAGUCGGGACCUCCCCGAAGCAGCUACUUUGAUGGGCAGGCUUACAACAACGGUUACGGAACCGGGCCGUCGCGGCAACGGAUGUCUAGGUUACAGUCGGAGCCACAGUUGCAAAGCCACGGACGUGACCAGAACAUUUACCCUUUGCCUCACAAGGAUCGAUCAUAUGAGACCGUGACAUCUGCAGCGGGCAGCGGCAACUCGGAUCAGGCAGGAUACCAGACGGACCCCACGAGCAGCGACAACAGCUCGAUCGAUCGGACAAUGCCGGCUAAGCGCCGCGAACCUUUCAAUGAGCAUGGCUCCGCUCCCAACAUGGCACAGCAACCGUAUCAGCCCCGACCCUGGCCGGGCUCCGGCCCAGGCGCUAAUGGAAACGGAAAACAACCACAAGGACCGCCGCCUCCACAGGCGCGACCUACUGCAGCACAACAGCCACCAGCUGCGGCUCAGAAACCGAAACACACGCUUCUGAGGCGGACAUCGACCCAACAGUCGCAACAGUUGCAACGGCCCGAGUCUGUCAGUGGCGAAAAACCACUUGACUUCAAGCAAUCCGCUUUCCACUUCUCUGGUGGGCGCGGAAUAUUCUGUGCGAUGAACUGCGAUUGUCUGUGGGGGAGCAAGGACAGCAACUUUUUGGGCUACUUUGGACGGGUCGCGUUGAUGAGUUUCAAGACCUUGACUAAGGAAUGGAAGCAAGGCAUACGAAGGGAUCUGGCUGAGGAGAUGGUACAUAGGCACACGAAACUGUACGAGGCGUUGGCGGAUUCAAGUUUGUGCAACUCAUUCCUUGAGGAUAUCCAGUGGAGGAAGGGAGAGCAGAUGACGGAUCUAUCCGCCACGGCCAAGACUAAUCAUGCUCAGGCUCUGGAACGUACAUAUAGCAUAUACACGUGGCUGCAGGCAGAGGUCGCUCAGGCAUGGCUCGUCGAGAGGACGGGUUCAUGGAAGCGAUGAGAGAAAAUAAUUUUGAUGGCGAUCCGAU